AUGGCCACCGAAACCCAUACGGCAGUCGUCCUCGAGGCAGUCGGACAGCCCGUGGUGUUGAAGACCGUCCCUGUCCCGAAAGCCAACCUGGGAUCCGCCGUCAUCAAGGUCCUCGCCACGGCACUCUCCCCAAACACCAAGACUGUGUACGGAGGCCACAUGGGCGUCGGAGCCUUGCGCACGCCCCUCACGCCGGGGUUCGCAUCCAUCGGCCGGGUCCACAGCGUCGGCCCCGACGCGACGUCCCUGAAGCCGGGCCAACUGGUCAUGUACGACUUUUGGACCUCGUCCAGGGACGAUCCGGACGACAGCAUCCUGGCCGGGUACAUGGGCGGCGUCCCCCAGCUCGAGGACACCUGGAACAAGGGCACCCUCGCGGAAUACGCCGAAGUGCCGCUGGAGCGAGUUUGGCCUCUGAACGAGGACCUGCUCUGCAACACCCUGAAGUACAGCCCGGCGGACCUCAGCUACAUCGGCACGGUCUGUGUGCCGCUGGGGGGCCUGCUGGAGAUCGACGUCCGGCCGGGGGACAGCGUGAUCGUCGCCCCCGCCACGGGCACCUUUGGGGGCGCCGCGGUGCCGGCCGCGCUCUCGCUCGGCGCAAAGGUCGUCGCUUGUGGGCGCAACGAGAAGAUGCUGGCCAAGAUGACCGACACCUUCGGGGCCUCGGGCAGGUUCCUCACCGUGAAGCUGUCGGGGGACACGGACCGGGACACGGCGGCGAUCAAGGCGGCGGCCGGGGGCAAGGGCGCGGACAGGUACAUUGACUUUGUGCCACCGCAGGCGGCGGCCUCCAAACACCUCCUGUCGUGCUUGGGCGCCCUGCGGCCCCACGGGCGGGCGGCCCUGAUGGGCCUCGUCUUCAGCAACGUCGAAAUCCCGUACGCCUUUGUCAUGUUGAAGGGCAUCAGGAUCCAGGGCCGCUACAUGUUUGACAGGUGGCAGGGUGAGCAAGCCAUCAAGUUGGUGGAAACCGGGAACCUCGUCCUCGGCGAUCGACCACUGAGCGGGAUGAAGAUGAUCGGGUUCAAGCUUCGAGACAUUCAUCGGGCCAUCGACGCAUCGUCUGAACAACAUGGCUGGGGUAGUAUGGUCGUCGUCGAGCCAUGA